GCCAAUUGUACACUUUGGGACAAAUUAGGAUGACCUCCCACAUGGGUGGGGGCCACCCCACGAAUUUAGCAACCAAUGAGGGCUGAUGGGAUUCAAAAGUUGGCUGAAAGGGGUGAAGGGAUAGGGGGGACAUCUAUGACAUUCAAAGGGGCCCUUUUCUUCCACUCAUUACCCAAAAUGAGACAAAAGAAGUACCCCCACUCAUCCCCUUCUCACCAGCUCGUCCAUAACCAAAUAAAGGAGGAAAAGAAGCUCUGAAACUUCAUCUUCCAUAGCCAAACUCGUGCCAAGCUCAAACAAGAAAGAAGAAAGAAGUUUAAGGGAGAAAAAGUUAGGAAAAGUGUGAAGAAUAAGGAACUUGAUUAAGGUAUUUCAAGGUCUUUCACAAAGUUGAAAGAGUCGCUGGAGUUGUCGCCGGAGUUCGUCAAAAGUCGUUGGAGUUUUGCCGGAGUUCAACCAAGAGGGGUAAAACUUCAUAGCGUUAAUUCGAGGUGAGGAUGACCGGCUAUAUUUGCUUAUAAUUAUUGGGUUAAUUUUAUAAGAUUAACUAAGUGAAUUAAAAGUGAUUUGCAUGGAUUAUUAGUGAUUAUUAAUGCCUAAGUGAAAUUACUAUUGUUUAUAAAUAGAGAAAUGCAUAAUAUACAAAUUUAUGAAUAAAUUGUGUAUGAUUAUUUGUUAUAAAUGUGAUGGCAUGAUGGUUGUUUUAACCAUAAAUAUUAUUGUGAUUAAUGUACUUUUACUUCAUGUAAAGAAGUCAUGAGAGGAUAAAAAUGACAUUUUGAUAUUAAAGUCAAAUUAUACUUGGAUGAGGAAUUAAAUUGAAAAGAACAAAUGACUAUGAAUUAAGAAUUUGGUUGUACUAAGGUCAAAUGACUAGUAUUGAAAUACUAGUCGGAGAUGUUAGUUCGAAUGAUUGUUGGAAAUAAUCCUAAGAGAUUUAAUUGUGAUGAAUACGCUCAAAAUAGCCUUAAGAGAUAUUCUUAAGUGGGACUUUGUGAACUCUAAAUUACAUUAGGAGUAGGCCUUAAAGGUUACUCAAAAUGAAUGUAGUCUAGGUUACGAAGUUGACUAGAGAUUAGAUAACGUGACUAUGAUCCGAGCUCUAGCACAGUAUAGUAUGACUAUGAGCCGAGCUCUAGCAAAAUAUAGUAUGACUAUGAGCCGAGCUCUAGCAAAAUGUAGUAUGACUUGAGCCGAGCUCUAGCACAAUGUAGUAUGACUAUGAGCCGAGCUCUAGCACAAUGUAGUAUGACUAUGAGCCGAGCUCUAGCAGUUAGUAGUAUGACUAUGAGCCGAGCUCUAGCAUAAUUGUAGUAUGACUAUGAGCCGAGCUCUAGUAUUAAAGAACGUGGGUUAACUAUAAUACAAUAACACCCUAGAUUGAGUGUCUUGCAAAUUGAAACAUUGAUUAUACUUAGUAUAAUUGUCAUUGUAUUUUUCAAAUGCUUUAAAGUACUGACCUCCCCUUCACGGGGGAGGCCACCUCACAAUUUCUGGUAGAACUUGAAGGUUGCUACCACCGACGUUGCUUCGGGAAGAUUUAGAGAAGAAGACUUGGUUCGUGCUUCUUCCGUUUCUAUUUUAAAAACAAUAUGAAUAAUGUUCAUGGAUAUUAUUUUCUGAAUAUUGAUUUUGGGGCUUGUAUGCCCAUGUUUGCCAAGUGUGGCUUGAACACUUGUAAUGUUGUUUCCGCUGCUUUAAAGAAUGAUUUACAUAAUGCUUGUUUAUGGAUGUACUACGUGUGAAUGAUAUUCCAGACGCCUUGUGUGGUAUGAACAUGUUGGACUGCGGUUGACUGUUCGUACUGUACGACGGGUUGUUGACGUGUCCGGCAAGUCCGGGGCAUGACAAUUUAAAUGGUAUCAGAGCCUUAGUCCGUAAACUUUAUGAUGAAGCUUCAAAAUUCCUUUUUGAAAACAAAUUUGAAAAAAAAAACCAUGAACAUAAAAAGUUUUGUACUUAUAGAACUUUUGGUACUUGAGUUGCAAAGUCUCUAAUUGUUAAGAUGGUACCCUUAACAAUUGGUAUGACGGUGAUUUGAGCCAAAGGAUGUCCUUAAGUACCUAUCUGUCAUUUGACAUUUGAUACGGGUCUAAUGGCUCAUUCGAAAUUUCUUUCAUUAAUGGAACCAGUUGGAAGGAUCACUAAGAGGAACACGAUGGGCCGUGCACCGGGCGGGUCCGUACGCGGCAGCCGGGGGUCCUCUAGGGGAUCAAGAGGAAGAGGCCGUGGGGGCCAACGACGAACCGUGAGCGAUGGUCACGUGGACACCGAGAGUGAAACCUACUGCUCCUAUGAGGACUCGACUUAUCAACCGGAAACUGAGCCGGUUGAGACCCCUUACGAAGGGGAUGAUAAUGACGAGAUGGGAACUAAUAGUUUAGAUUUACCCAGUGGUUUUAGAUUAGAAUUAAAUAAUUGUUAUUUCAUUCUUUCUAUUACCAAGAAGAUUAUUUCCAUUCAUAUGUUAGACAUUAAAAGGUUU